CAAUCACUGUGGCUUGCUACUGAAAAUAUUAGAAAUAUGGCUCGAAUUAUGCCUGUGGGAUGUAAUGCAUUACCCACGAAACCUGAAGAUAGAACUGAAUAAUUCCUAUACCUUUGUCGCGGGGAAGGUCUGCCAAAGAGGUGUAUUCCUCAAGAGUCUCGACUGCAGCAGCGCGAGACAGACAGAAUGUUUAUUUGAAGAUGGAUUCUUGUCGGCAUCUAUAAGUAUUUUCCGUUAGAAGGCGGCCUUGACAUCGGGAAUCCGCCACUGGUGUAUGAUGUUGCUAGCAUCGGCUGUGGUCGUAUGGGAAUGGCUAAACGAACACGGGCGCUGGCGACCCUACAGCCCGGCCGUCUCUCAUCACAUCGAAGCGGUGAUCCGCAGCGACCCACGGGGAAGCAGUGUGGUACUAGGCCAGGUUGACUCGAGGCUGUCGCCCUACAUCAUCGACUUGCAAUCCAUGCACCAGUUUCGGCAAGACACAGGCACCCUGCGUCCGGUGCGCCGCAGCUUCUAUGACCCGACGUCGGCGCCGGGCCACGGCUGGCUGUGGGAGUGGGAGAACGACUCGGGCUCGUGGACGGCGUACGACACGGAGGUGAGCAUCGCCAUCCAGGCGGCGAGGGACCGCAACCAGCCCUGGCUGGACCUGUCGCCACUGGGCUUCUGCUACCUGAUCGACCUGCAGACAAUGACCCAGUUCAACCGGCAGACGCAGCGGCGCCGGCGCAUCCAGAGACGCUCGGACCUGGCCUACCCGCUCGUCACGGGACCCCUGCCCAGGGCGUUUGGGGGUGCUGGGGGCGGUUUGCUGGGCGUGGGGGUGUCCGGGAUAGUCACCAGGGGCAACGGCAGCGCCUACCCAAGCGGCGCUCUCCCAGCCUCGGCCAUCACCUCGCUGGGGCAGCCCUGCUCGUGCCAGCAGUGCAUGCUGGUCCUGGGCGUGAAGACGGGCGCGGGCUUCGGCGGGGUGGGUGGAGGGGCACACACGCUGGGACGGAAGCCCCCUCCACCCUUGCCCCCGCCCAUGCAGACUAAGCCGCCCAGCCCCAAAUCGGGACCCCCACAGAGGGGGUACUCCUACUCGCUCACCCUCCCACACCCCCCGUCCCUCUCCCGGGUCCUGGCGCCCCAUCGGAACUCCAUGCUGGUGUCUGGUGGGGGUGGCGGUGUGCUGGGCAUGGGGUUUGGCAUGGGUGGUGGCGGUGGAGGUGGCAGCGGUAGCGGCGGCACGAACAGCAGCAACGGCGGCUUCGUCCACUCCCUCUCCCUGCUGGGAGCGGCCACCGCUGGACUCUCUCUCUCCUCCGUGCCCACCUCCUCCUCCGUCCUGCCCUCCUCCUCCUCGUCCUCCUCCACAUCGACGUUCUCGCGACCCCCGCCGCCCCCGAUGCCUCCCCCGCCUCCGCCGUCUGUGUCCACCCCGACUUCCUCCGGGGUGCUGCCCCUUCCACCCAUCUCCACGCCGACGACUAACGCCACUGGGGCGUCCGGGGCCGCUAUCAUCAGCACGUCGUCAUCCGCAGUCACCGGUGGAGGAGUAGGAGGAGUUGUCGGUGGUGGUGGUGGUGGUGGUGGUGGUGGUGGUGCUGGCGGCGUCGGGCAGGCGCUAAUUUCCACCACGACCAGCUGCGCUCCCACGCCGUCAGCGCGUGUGCUGGGCCCCGUGUCAUCGGCGUGCGCCGCACCUCUCCCCCCACGGUCCAGUCUGGUCGGACUGAGUCGCCCUGCACUACAGCGCAUCGCCAUGGCACAGUCACGGGCACUUAUCGCUUCAGGGGUUCCCACUGUUCCAGUGAAGAACUUAAAUGGAUCAAGCCCUGUGCAUCCAGCUCUGGCAGGUAUAACAGGCAUUCUGAUGAGUGCCGCCGGUCUGCCCGUUUGCCUCACCCGGCCGCCCAAGCUGGUCCUGCACCCCCCUCCCGUCAGCAAGAGCGACAUCAAGCCUGUGCCGGGCCUGGGUCACUGCUGCCGCAAGACCACCAAAAAGCAGGCACGCAAAGGAAGAACUCCUGAGGAAGUGGUGAAGAGAUACCUGCAGAAGGUGCGCACCCCCCCCGAGGAGGACUGCACUAUCUGCAUGGAGGCUCUCUCGGGCCCCUCGGGCUACAAGGGCCCGGGCGUAGGUGGCGUGUCACGGGUGGAGUCAGUGGGUCGUUUGGCCCAGUGCGGGCACCAGUACCACCUGCAGUGCCUGGUGGCCAUGUACAACAACGGCAACAAAGACGGCAGCCUCCAGUGCCCCACCUGCAAGACCAUCUACGGGGUGAAGACCGGCAACCAGCCACCCGGCAAGAUGGAGUACCACGUCAUCCCCCACUCGUUGCCUGGCCACCCCGACUGCAAGACCAUCCGCAUCAUCUACAACAUUCCACCAGGCAUACAGGGCCCUGAGCAUCCCAAUCCCGGCAAGCCCUACACUGCCCGCGGUUUCCCCCGCCACUGUUACCUCCCAGACACCGAGAAAGGACGCAUUGUCCUGCGCUUGCUGCUGGUAGCCUGGGACCGUCGCCUCAUCUUCUCUGUGGGCACGUCCAGCACCACGGGCGAGUCGGACACAGUCAUCUGGAACGAGGUCCACCACAAGACUGAGUUCGGCUCCAACCUGACGGGCCACGGCUUCCCGGACCCAGGCCACCUGGAUAACGUUCUGGAGGAACUCCGUGCUCAGGGCAUCACGGAGGAGGAGAGCUUGAGAGACUGAUAGAAGAGAGAGAGAGAAAUGCACGGCAGAGAGAGAGAGAGAGCGGGAUAGAGAGAGAGGGAGAUAUGAGGAGUGAGAGGAGGAUAGUAUAGGUUCUCAUAUCUGAAGCUGCCAAAAAAAAAAAAAGUAACAAAACAAGCAUCCAGGAUUAUCUUGUAACAGAGGUUUUUUUUGUUGUUGUUUUGGUUUACUAUUGUUCUGAUGAGUUAUUAUUUUUUGUUUGGGUUUGUUGUAUGUGAUGGUGUGUGUGUGUGGGGGGGGGGGGGGGGUAGCUGAGAAAGAAUAGAUGUCAGGUACACGGUUGCCAUCGCGACAGCGCUACCAUGGAGACUCCUGUUGUAGUGUGAGCGAAGCCCUCAUGCUGCUGUAGAUCCCAGACGCCCGAUCUCAGUCGGCCUCUCCGACGGGUUGCCACUGCGGGCCAACUGGGCCUAAAUGUCCACAGUUAGCUAGCGCUAGCCAAUAUCGCUACAGAACUAGUCCGUUUUUAGAGGUAAACGGGGGUGGGGGACAGGGGUAACUUUCCAAACAUUUUGUACAUACGUAAAAUUGGAAUGUACCCCUGGGGGUCUUCGCCGUUUUAUAAGUCCUAACAACUCAACAGCAAUUUUGAGGCUGCACCUCACCAUGGGCUUCGGUGAAAGACUGCUGUUCGCUACCACGUGACUCAAGGUUCUUGACCGGUAGGCUACGUUCUACUCCGAUGGCCUCGAGUCUUAUCUUUCUCACACCAUUUAGUUUCUGCCUUUUUUUUUUUCUUUUCUUUUUUUUUUUAGCUGUUCCUUAAUAACUCAUGCUGUUGCUUUAUAUAACUCCCUUAUGUUGUCAUUGGCACAUGGAGAGUGAGCUCUUCUGCCAAGAAGGACACUUUUUCCUUGUCAAACUUGAAAAGACGUACCAGUAUUUAAAAGCAGAAGAAAGGGCCGGGUGUUGUGCUUUUAUUGUGAAAUGAGCAAGACUCUGUGACGCAACGUCCAAACCUUCUUGGUUUCUGCCUUUGCCACAAAGGUGUAGGGGUUUGUGUCUGUGGGGAGGGGUGGGGGGCUAAGGUGAUGACUGUUGAGGUAUUUAGGACAGAAAGAAAUGAAAUGAAUGAAGUAAAUGAUCGGACUUGUCAACAGUUUUGUUCUGCCAGUAUACUCAGCCAGUGUAAUGUGACCAUAGACCUUCCUUAUCUUGACAGAGAAUCUCCUUCACUUUUGUUUUUUUGUUUCAAAUGGCAUACAGUUUCAAUUUAGCAUUAUUUUCUAAUGGACCCCCUUGUGAGUAUUCGCUAUACUCUGGAAGCUCUGUACCAUGUAAGAUGUCUGAGGAUCAAUUUCCCAAAAUGUAAACUUUGUCAGUAUUUUCUUGAGCCACCAGUGAGUUCCUACUUUACAUGCUGUAUUUGCGAUGAAGCCCCAGCUUUUCCAGAUACCAGACUCUGUCAUGGAAAGGUCUGGAAGUCGCUUUCAAUGCAUUGGCUUUGGUGCUGUCUGAGAACCUGUUGUCAGUUGUCUGGUCAGCCCUUGUUAGGUCUUUGAUUGACCUGUUUACCACAAUGUUGAUGUAUGUUUGUUUAAGUGUGUCUGUGUGUGUGUGUGUUUGUGUGCGUGUGUGUGUGUGUGUGUGUGUGUGUGUCUGUGUGUGCACGUACAGUACAUAACAUACACACCUGCUGUACGGCUACAUCCAUAGCUCAACCACUACUGUAAGCGUGUGCUGUUUAGUUUGACACUUUUUCAUGAUUUGUUUACAUCUAAGCCAUGUUUGCUGUAUGGGUAAACAUACUCCAUCCUUUUUAUUUGUGUUUUGUCUUUUUUUAAUUAUUUGUUACAUAAUAAUGAAUUGAAUUAUGACUUCUCAUAUAAGCUGUUCUCAUGCUCUCAUACUUUUUUGUACUGUGAAUUUAGUUAACAGGUAUUGCACUAAGCGUCACCUCAUUUCUGGUGUUCUUAUUUUAAAAGUUAUUAUGGACAUGACAGUAACUAUGGAUUAUCUUUUGCCCUUUGUAACUGAAGAAAAGGGAGAGGUGGAGUUUGGCUUUUUUUCCUCUUUGAUGUUAAGUGCAUUGGAAUUGGAGCCAGGGCACGUUUGAAGACUGGGAUGAAACCGAUUGAACAUAUUGUUGCUGUAUAAAAGACCAUGUACAAACAAUCCCUUGCAUAUAAAGUAACUGCUGGAAUACCGAAUGACUAUUAAAAAAUGACUAUUAAA